GCAAAGCAACUCUGCGGGCAACGCGGGGCCUUGGCUCUGGAUUACGAGGCGCAGCUCCACUUGUCGGAGUUGAAAACGGAAGAACUGCAGAAGAGCUGCAGCCACCAGAUGCAAGAAUUGUCCAUGCAACGCCAACUGGCAUCGUCGUUGCAGCUGCAGCUGGAGGACGAAGAGCGGAAGAACCAGACGUCAUCUCAGAUACAUCUCGAGGUGCAAGCAAAGGAUCUGGAGAUUCAAAGUCUUCGUGCUGAGGUGAGCGCUCUAGCUCAUCACGAUGCCGCCUCGAAUAACGAGGAAUUGGCACAGGCCGAGGCUGCAGCUUGCCAAGUGCUGAGGGCAGAAGUGGCUGCAGAGCAGGACAAAGUCAGGCAAGCACACGAAGUCCUGCAAACUGUUGCAGGAGGUCCACCUCAAUCGGCUGCUGCGCGGGCAGUCUCUGCUGCUGAACGUUGCAAGAUAUUCGAGGCAGCAGCGCAGGGCGACGCGGCACUGGCGUUGGCGCUUGGCGGCCACCCUCCGCUGGAGAUCACUCAACUUCGAAGCGAAGAUGGCUCCACGCUCUUGCAUGCGGCUGCGGCUGGUGGAUCGCUACUCACUGCACUGGGCGCACUUCGUUCCGCCGGUGUGCCGCGACAAUACGAGCACGAUCUUCAACGCGAACUGCUUCGACACGAGCAUCUGUCCUUCGUCAAUGCGCGUGACUGCGAGCAGCGGUCCGCACUGCUUUGCCACUGCCAGUCGGCAGUGACUUCUGCCCAAAGCGUGGCGGCGUUGCUGGAACUCCAGGCGAACCCAUCCUUUGAGGACGGCCACGGCUGCACACCCUUCCUGGCCUGCGCCACUCGUGGAAAUUGCGAGGUCAUGAUGUUGCUGCUUCGAGCAACAGGAGGAGCUGUUCUCAGAGAUUCGGACGAGAAUGGCUGGACAGCGCUACACUCCGCAGCCUCAAAGGGCCAUGCAGAUGCUGUGCAGCUACUGCUGCAGGUCAGUGCAGAUGCUGAGCUGCCUGACGCGGCUGGCCGCCGAGCAGCCGAUCUUGCUCGUUGCGAAGACGUCCUGAAGCUCCUGACGCAGCAAGACGAGGUCGAGACUACUGCUGCUGGGCAGUCGCAGCCGCGGAUGCCGCGCCAGGAGAAGGAAGAGGAAGCCGUCGAAUGCAGACAGGAAGAGACAGAUCCUGAAACGAGGAAUCUGGCUCCAACCAGUCCGACAAGUCCAAGCAGCCCGGGCAAAUAUACCGAGGCUUGUCUGCCACAGUGCCACAUCAAGAUUACACCGUUCAGGAGUCCGGCGAUGAGUGGUAGUGGGUCACCUGUGCCAAGGCUGGCGAAGCCACACAGGAAGCCAAGCGAUGACGGUUGCAUGAGAUGGGACUCCGACCGCAGCGACCAGAGACGCGUCCUCACCACGCAAGCCGUGGAAGACCACCUGACCUCACAGGAGGUCGACGGGCAGGUCGAGGCCCAGCCCAAUGGAGGAUGCUCCAAGUCUUGGGCGAAGCUAGAGCUGGGACUCCAGCAACAGAAGCCGCGCAUGUUCCUGCAGAGCAUGCUCCAGCAGCAGCAGCAGGUCAUGCUGAGCCAACAGCCGGAGUUACUGAAACAGGUGGCGGCCCAGAAGGAGCAGGCGGCUGCCAACAGGGAGCAGGCGGCUCAAAACAGAGAGCAGGCAGCGCAGAACAAGAGGAUGUUCGAGCUCAUGCAGUCAGAGCAGGAGGCUGCCAACAAGCAGCAGGCAGCGGCCAACAAGGAGCAGGCAGUGAAGCACGAAGACCUGGAGAUCUGCACGGAAGAUCAUGGAAGUCUUCGACAGGUCGCAGUUGGCCAGGACGAAGACAAUGUAGAAGCGGAAGUGAGGGAGAAACAAUGUAUGGCGGCGGUGUCAAAGACAGUGGAAAUUGUGGGGGCUUUGACGUACGAGAUCGUGGCACCGGUUUUACGCAAGGCGUGCAACGAUACGGAGAAGGUGGGUUUCACUUACCUCGUGACACUGCGUGACCCGGAUGGCGUGCCGCUCCUCAAAGCUGGCAAGGCCAGUUGUCCAUUGAAAGACAACCAGAGGUUCGCCCUGUCCAACAUCAACAACCGAUACAUGCGAAGUUGUGCUAUGUUCCGUGAGGGCUGUAGUUGGGACUUGGAAGCGGUGCUGCUGGACGGCAGCGACGUCUGGGCUCACCGCUGGACUCGGCAGGGCUCGUCAGGCUUCUGGGAGGUCUACUUGCUGCAAGCACAGGGAGAUCUCACUUCCCUGCGGCAGCAGGCGAGCACCAUGUCCUACAAGGACCUGUCCCGCAUCGUGGCUAGCCGCAGGCAUUCCUUCUUGAAUGCCGCCCCGGGCUUCUUCAAGAGCUCCAGCGACUCGAAUGCCCUUGAGUCCAAAGGCUCUGACAAGAGGAACACCAACGAGGCCUACCCGAACGAGCAGCGGCCGGGAUGCAGCCGUCGCAUGCUAACCACAUAUUGCUACCUGAACAAGGGCUGGGCGGGUGAUGCUUGCUCGGCAACUUGGAGAGAACUUACGGCUUCUGGCCUGAACGGAGACGAAAGAUUGGCAGGCCCAUUACUACUCCCAACGCAGCCGUCGAUUGGCUAUGCCUGGGUGCAUGCCCAGCACAAGAAGUAUUUCAUGUCGAAGAAGGACGCGUCCAAAGAGCUCGAGAAGGCACAGUUCCCGGUCGUUCUCGGUGGCAGUCACUUCUACUUGACGGAUCACCACCAUCAUGCUGCCGCAUUGCAACUUUCUGACGACGAGGAUAUUUUCGACAUUGAUAUGAACAUUCUGGUCGUUUGUGAUCUUCGAAGUCUAG